CCAGAUAUGUCCAAAGUUGCAGUAAUCGGAGCCACAGGUAAAACUGGCUCAUUAGUUGUCCAAUCAUUAACAAAUGCAGGGUUUGAUGUUACAGGGCUAGUGAGAAAUCCAGCAAAAGCUAGAACAAUUGAACAAUUUGCCAAUAUAAAUUUUGAAACGUUCCCUUUAGAGAGCACUUCUGUUUCCAAAAUUGCCCUUUUCCUAAAAGAUUUCGACUCAGUUGUAUUUGCAGCUGGUGUUGCUGAUUUAUCUAAACAUACUGAUGUUAUUCAAAUUGAGUUAGAUGGUGCAAUGAAGAUCAUUGAAGCUUGUGAACAAGCUGGUGUUAAAAGAGUUGUAUUCAUCUCUUCAAUUGCAGCUAGUGAUCGUGAUUUUUGGUAUGAUAAUGACUAUACUCGUGUUUAUUAUACUGCAAAGAGAACAAUUGACAAGGUUUUAGAAAGAAGUAUGUUGGAUUAUACUAUAGUGGAACCUGGUCCAUUAGUUGA